AUGGCCAACGACUACUACCGCUAUGACCCUUCUCUUCCUGCGGCAAUUAUCUUUGCAGUAUGCUUCUCUCUUUCGGCAGCGGGCCAUGCAUAUCAACUUGUGAAGGCCAGAACUUGGUACUUCAUGCCAUUCUUCAUUGGUUGUCUCGUUGAGGUUGUUGGUUAUAUCGGACGAGCUAUUGGCGCCACGGAGACACCCAACUGGACUAAGGGUCCGUACAUCAUCCAAGCUUUACUAUUACUUCUUGGACCCCCGUUUUACGCCGCCUCGAUAUACAUGGUCUUUGGACGACUAGUCAAGCUACUUGACGCCGAAAAGCAUUCCCUUAUUCCAUGUAGAUGGCUUACGAAACUGUUUCUUUUUGGUGAUGUUGCGUCAAGCUUUGGCCAAGCGAUUGGCGGUGGUAAGCUCGCAGGUGCCGAGACCCAAAAAGAUAGAGACCAAGGCCAAAUCAUUAUCAUCGUUGGCCUGGGUAUUCAAAUUGCGUUCUUUGGAUUCUUCAUGGCCGUCACCAUGCUUUUCCAUCAUCGUAUCAACCGCAAACCCACAUCUGCAAGCCUCAACAUCCACACUCCUUGGCGUCAACUACUACAAGUCCUCUACGGAACAAGUUUUCUCAUCAUGGUCCGUUCCGUUUUCAGAGUCAUUGAGUACGUCCUUGGCGAAGAUGGGGAGCUUCAGUCCAAAGAGGUUUACAUCUACAUCUUUGAUGCGCUGUUGAUGCUUGCUCUCCUCUGGUCGGGCACUUUUGACAAGGAGACGAACUUGGGUGGAACGCAGAAGAAGUCUAGACAUAUUCGGCUCUUCAAUGGCCACACCUCUGACAUGCAUAUGAUUUCCGAACCGUCGGAACCGAGUGCAACGGAGCUUUGGCUCUGCAUGCUGAUCGACGGUUCCCCUCCCAAUAAGCCGAGCUCACCUUACCUCCGUACCCUCCAAAAGCCGGGAUGGCAGUCUGGGAUUGUGGCGCAAGACUGA